AUGAACAGCACUUUAUCUAUUCUUCCUAGUGUUCCUCCUCCUCCCCUUGUUCUAAGUCUUCCACCAAUACCCCAAUUAGUUAUAUUGGGAAUCAUAUUUGUCGCAUCAGUUGCUCUCAAUUGUGUAUCGAUUAUAAGUAUUGUCGGUGCACGAGCGAUCACACCAAUCAAUCUGUUAAUUAUCAAUUUGGCCGUCAGUGAUAUUGUUUAUUCAUUGACCAUUCCGAUAUUUGCCGUACACAUUGUUAUUCCAUGGUGGCCAUUCGGUCGUGUUGGUUGUCAAUUAGCAAUUGCAAUUGAUAUUAUAGCCAUGAUCGUUGGUGUAUAUACAAUAACCGCAUUAAGUGUCGAACGAUAUAUGGAUGUUCGUGAAACAACUCGCCGAUACAAUGAUCAAGUUAAGUGUGCAUUAGUCUUAGGUUAUAUCGUUAUUCUAUGGAUCUUCGCGAUCCUGUUUCCAUUACCAAUGUCGUCAUCUUUAUUUGUUCACAAUCGUUCCCGAGCCGCUCUCGUAUCUGGUGUUGUCAGUGAAUGUAAAUCAAGUUGGUCAGCGGGAGAGCUAUCACGUUAUGUACAAUUGAAAUUCGCAUGUGCAUUUCUCCUUCCAUCAUUAAUAACAUGUACAUUUUCAUUUCGUUUAAUUUUAUUUCUUCAUCGUUGGUCAUUACGCUCACGACGUUUAUCCGUAUCCCAUCGGUCAUUGAAUAUCUACAAGCGGCGUGCAACAACAUUGGUUCUUUUAAUUAUCAUCGCAUUCUUCGUCCUCUGGUCACCAUUAUGGAUUCUUCAACUCUAUGAUACAUUCAACGAACGCGGACCAACACGUUACAUUCAAAUAUUAAAUUUCGUCACAUUAGUAUUUGUCUAUGCCAAUGGAUUGUUAAAUCCCUUACUUUAUUUGAUUUUAACGCAGAAUUUUCGUGAAUACAUUCGAACAAACAAGUGGUCAACGUGGAACACUCGACGCCGAUCGAAAAUGAAUGAUGCGACAUUUUUUUACACAACCAAACCAGUCAAUCACGAACAUCAAAUCGCCGAUCAACAAACAAGUUGUAUAUUACCAAAUGACGACGAUCAACAUGCGUUCGUUGCCAACGAAGCAAGUUCAACAGCAAAUUAA